CUGUUUGCCCUGUUUGUGAGCCGCAGUGUGUGUGUGUGAGGCGCAGAAGUCUAGCAGAAGUUUAAACGCACCAGAGAGCUACAACCAGAUACAGAUUUCACCCUUGUUUCGCUGCACUGCUCCGCCGUGCCCAGGAUGUGGGUUUGUCUGUUAAACUGUGAUGUGUGUGGUGAAUGAAUGGCAGUGGCACUGAGCUGGAGACACUUUGCCUUGGACUCUUUGGACUCUUUAGACACACACAGAGGUUAUGGAUGCUGGACUGUAAACGGCAGAACCUGAGCAGUGAAGAUGCAACACACCUCAUGUACAGAGGACAGGAUCCAGCAUGCUUUGGACAGGUGUCUGGAUGGGCUGAGACAAAGCCCCACAGCAGCACACCACUGGAAUGUGCUGAUGUGCUCGGCGGGUCAGUCAAUGAACCGCUGGAGCCUGGAGGAGAUGGUGAAGAGGGACCCUGAGAACUUCCUCAUCCUCUUACAACAGAUCAUCAGAAAGACCAAAGAGGUUCAGGAGCAGUGUCAGUACGAACUGGUGGCUCCCCUCGCUAUAAUGUUCUCCUCCACACUGCUUCAGACACCAUACUGUCCUCCAGACACAGAGCUGCUGGAGGAAGCUAUUGAGGUGUUUCGUUGCUUCCUCACCUGGCCUGAGCCUUACUGCAGUGUGUGUAAAAACCUCCUCUCCACACUACAGCAGGAGAUGAAGGCCCCAGGGAUUUCCUUUCAGAGACUGGUGAGAGAAGAGCAGGGUCUCAUCACCCCUAGCCUGUGCUCCAAGACCAUGACUGUGCUGCUGAUGAACCCAAAUGAGGUGCCCGCUGACUUUGUCUCUGUGGCUGAGCAGCUCAGUUGCAUUCAGCACUCACAGAAAGAGAGCUACAUCACUCUGAUCAAACACGCCUUCCAGUCCACACUAGGCACCAAGUACCCUCUACAUCGUAUCCACAGAGCCCUGCAGGCAAAAACUGUGAAUGAAUUAGGGGAGAUCUUCUCCACGGUAAGUGAUGUCUUAGAGACAGCCGCUGCCAUGAGUGACCCUCUGAAGGGCCGCAGUCAUGUGAUCCAGGGACUUGAGCGACUGAGGGAGAGCAUGAGUAUCCCAGCAUCCAAUGGAAGGAAGUCUGACGGAAUGCUACAAACUCUACCACUGCCUACAGCCAAGUGUUACAUGUUUCACUGGGAAAAAGAUAACUUUGAUGUUUUGAACACCCUUUUGGAGCAUGACCCUGAUAACCUGGCAACUAAUGGGCAGGCUGAGGAGGAAGAGGAGGUAGACACUGAUGAUGAUGAGGAGGAGGAGGAUGUGACAGAGAUUGAUGUAGAAGAAGAGGAGGAGGAAGAAGACAAAGAAGAGGAGGAACAUGGAGUAGAAUUGGCUUCAAUGUGUAUCAUCCCUAAUGGCUGCAGCGUCAACCAUCGUGCCUCCACCUUCUCCACCAUCUCCUCCCUGUCCACCGCCUCCAAAGACUCCAUGUUCUCCACCUUGUCCGUAACUUCAGAGUCCUACGCUCCAUCCCUCUUCUCUGUCACUUCUGGAGCUGACAGUGACUACUUUGAAGAUUCUGAUGACUACAUCUGCUCCUCUCCCGUCGCUGAAAAAUGUUCACCAAAGUCUAUCAACAAAACUUCGGCUCGGCUCAGCCAGCACUUUUACCGGCUCUUCAUCAAACCUAAGAGCCCUCGCUCACUUUCCCGGGCCAAAAGCUUAGGAAACACGGAAUCAAAAGACAUUUUAGUUGUGCGAGAGAAGCGCUCCAACUCUUUGCCACAGCAAGUCAAGUUACGUAGUCCUGAGCCCCUACUCCAGCCACAAAGUCAAACUCUCAGACAUGUCUGCUUCCGAAGGAGACCUAUUCUCAGCAGUGAUGAGGACAGUAAGAAUACUACGCUGAGGGUGGUGGUGUUCGGUGCUGAUCAUGUAGCAGGGAAGGUGGCCCGGGCCUACAAUAGCCUGAGGAGGAAGGAGAGUGCAUGCCCACGUCUCAGCAGGGCCUUCAACCUUCAGUUCUACUUUGUGCCUGUGAAGAGGGACUCAGCAGCAGGGCCAGGGAGUCUGAAGUCCCCUAGUCCUGUGGUUCAAAAAGGAGCUGCCCUCUUUAAUGAUCUUCACCUCAUGGGCACUGGGGACAGUACUAACGACAUUGCCCAUCUCCUUGGUAUGUUGGACCCUUGGUACGAAAGAAACACCCUCAGCCUGCUUAACUUGCCUGCCAAUGUCGUCUGCCAGCAAACCUCAAAGACAGAGUCAGAGUCAUAUGAUAGUUCAUAUGAGCAGCGUCUGCCCAUCCUGGCUGAUUUGGUCCUGUACUACUGCCGCUAUGCUGCCCGGCCAGCUCUGAUCCAGCUCUAUCAGGCUGAGAUGACGUUAGCUUGUGGAGAGAGAAGGACCGAAGUGUUCGUCCACUCCCUAGAGUUGGGUCACACCGCAGGAACACGAGCCAUCAAGGCUAUGGGUGCUGCCAGUAAACGGUUUGGUAUUGACGGUGACCGAGAAGCAGUGCCUCUAAUGUUGGAGGUGGUGUACAACAGGGUGGUGAUUAGUGGGAGAAGCCAGUGGAAAAGAGAAACCAAAGUCUGUACUUCAGUAAACUUAACCAAAGCAUGCAAGAAUCCUGAGGAACUAGACUCAAAGAUGGAGUGCCUGCAGCUCACGAUGACUGAGGUCCUGAAGAGACAGAAUGGUAAAAGCAAGAAGGGCUACAACCAGCAGCUGAGCAUGACAGAGGUGAAGGUGGACAAGGUGCAGGUCAGUGGUGCUGGAAACACGACCUUUGCUGUAUGCCUGGACCAGGAUGAGAAAAAAAUACUGCAGAGUGUCACCAGAUGUGACAUAUCAGUGUGCUAUAAACCCGACAGCUCCACUGACUGGAGGCUAAGAAAAUCCCGAAACUCAGCCCAAAUUCAGCCUCUCCACCCGACCUUCUGCUCCCUCCUCUGCCUGCCCAUAGUCACUUUCUGUGGGGCUCUUCCCUGAGACUGCUGACCACUGGUUUGGAUGGUUUGAAAGGAAAGAUUCUGUGCACUGUUAUUUAUAUGCUCUAAGUAACAGACACUGACUGCAGAAGGAAAGUACACAGGACAUGCACAUAAGUGCGCAUGCGCCAACGUGCGUGCUGCCUGUUGCCGUAGCUCCGUCUCGUUUAAAGAGUUUCCCCUCGGGGAUCAAUAAAAUAUUUCUGAUUUCAUCAUUUCUGCCUGCUGUCUUGAAGCUGCUGUUGCCAAGAUCAGAUGACGCCUCAAACGGCAGUGGGACGCAACUCUUGGAAACACGAGGACUUGCGCAGAAGGGGUAAUCAGGAAACUGCAGACCUGGCUGGCCUGUGACCGUUAAUACAAACACAUGCUAAAGAACCUGAGACACAAAGAAUGACUAGAGAUACAAUAGUUCUAAUGAUGCUGAGUCCAGCUUUCUCAGUACAAAGCAAUCAUUCAUUGUUGUUAAGGAAACUGUUCAAGUUUCAUUCCACGGGUUUCAGUUUUUCUUUCCCUGUUUUCAGAGAAGUGACCUUACCCGCAGUAACAUUAGAAUGUAAUUUGGUCAAAAAGGGUGAAUCUACAGUACAGGAUCUCGGGUGAGAUGGCACCCAAACUGGCAACACCAAUAUGAGUAAUGAAUAAUAAGCCUUGGUCCUACCGAGAGAUGGAAUGAAAAAAUUUAGACAUCAGCUUGAAAUCAACCUACAUGGACAUAGAGGACCAGAAGAAUUUUUUACACCUGUUGAUCAGACUGCACUAUGUAAUGCCUCCAUUAGGGGUAAUUAUGGGACUAUGUGACUAUAUUUGAGAAUGGACACUAUGGACUCACACAAUAUGUAAAUGUUAUGUUUGUAAAAUAUUGUAUUGCAUGCUUUAACUUGAAUGUUACACCAUAAUGUGGUCUGUCUGUUUUACAUGGGCAUAAAAUUUCUCCUAUGGAGUUACAAUGAAGCCACUGUUUAACUGGAGUUAUACAUAUGACCAGCAGGGGGUUCUGUUGACCUCCAUUUCACUUCAGUUGAAGUACUGAUUACUUUAACAAUCCAGAGUUGGCACACUUGUAGUCAUGUCUCACUUUGUAAUAACUGUAAUGGAAGUUAUGUAUAGACCAUAUUUUUGCUCUUGCAAAGUGAUAACCUUUAUUUCAUUAAGGGCACAGAUGGAAAAUACAAAUUUGAUAUUAUGGUGCUGAAAAAUACAUUUGGAUGCAUGUCAUCCUUUAUAAAAAAAAAGUAACUGAUUAAUUGCACUUUGCAUACUGUAAACUAUGACAUUUUUAAGAAAGUCGUAUUGUUGGUGUAAAGGGAUAAUAUCCUGAUCACCUGACUGAAACUGAAAUAGUAGCACUGCACAGAAAUAUAUUUUAUGGAAUUGAAGCACUUGAACAUUAUAGGUACUUUUAUGUUCAGAUGAAUGCCUGUCACCACUGCCCUCUCCCUUCAUGCCUUCUCUGAUGGAAAUAUUGCAAAUACAAUAUUAGUUUAAUAGUUGUAUGUGUAUCACCUAUGCAAUGUUUACAUCUUAAAUUCACUGUUCAUUAAAAUAUGUCUUCAACUGGG